UACACCAGAGACCAGACCGGCGAAGAAACGGAGAGGCCCGUCCGUCAUGGACGGUCCUCGCCGGCUCCUCGCGCUCGCGGUCCUUCUCGCCUCGGCGUUCGGAGCGGACGCCGCCGGCCUCUUCCGCGCGCCCCCCACCGGGUACAAGUACAACGCGACCUUUACCUUCACCGGGCAAUUCCUCGUCCUGCUUUCCUGCAUGGGCCCGGCCAACGACACGGCGGCGUACGGGCACGGCGGGAUCAUCCACAGCUGCACGCUCGACCAGCUCAAGGAAGGCAGCUCCGCGCCGGAGACGACGCCCUUAAAGUUCAAUCAUGGGCACGGCCACCCGGCCCCGUCGCCGCGCGCAGCACCGCCGGAGGACGGCCUCCUGCAAGCUGCAGCAGGGGGAGAGCAGGAGCAGCACGCAGGCGCAGCUCCAGCGAUGGCUCUUCCUCUUGGUCGACGUCGACGUCGCCUCCGACACUGCCUACAGCGGUGGCUCUUCGCCAACGGCAGGACCAUGCUGCCGCGCAGCUUGGACGCGGUCAAUCACGGGCACAGGCAGGGCCACCCGCCCCCCUCGCCGUCAGGGCACGCAGCAGCUCCGGAGAACGGCCUCCUGCAAGCUGCAGCAGGGGGAGGUGGGCCGCGUGAACACGCCGUGCCGCAACCGCAACAGCGGCUACCACCACAUCCACAUGGAGGCGGAGGCGGAGAAGAGGAGCAUCAGCACGCGGUCGCAGCUCCGGCGGUGGCUCCUCGUCGACGUCGCCUCCGACACUGCCUACAGCGGUGGUCCUGCGCCAACGGCAGGACCACGCCGGCGCGCAGCUUGGACGUGGUCAGCGACGGAGGAAAGAAGAAGGGAGAAGAAGAUGAAAACUUAACCGAGUUCUAGAAGCUCCUGGUUCAUAUACUCUGCACACUCGAUGUUAUUACUAAAAAUUAACGUUUGCAUUGGCCUUUGGGUUUACUAAAAAAA